CAAUAGCCUCUUUACCGUGACAAGGAGACCCCCUUAAAGAGGCCAGAUAUGAGAAACCCACUAUAUUCCAGGUUUUCAGAGACACUGGAAUACACUCAUUUAUUAUCCAGACUUUCACAGGUUACUCAUCAUCUACAGCUUCUGUAAAAGAGGAACCUGACAGUCGCUGCAGAGAUCUCUUGAAUCGCAGAUGCAAGAGAUCUUAGUUAUCAACAAAGAUGAGUGGCUUUUCUUGUCAUACAUCUCCUGUUAUCAUGCAGAAAAGUGUAAUUAUCUAACAAGUUCCUCUACAGUGUCGGUGCGUUGAUAAAGUUGUGGUGAUGAUGGUGACAUCAUGGUGAUAAUGGUGACGUCAUGGUGAUGAUGGUGACAGUAUGGUGUACCCCUACAGGUGUGAGAAUGUCAGCAGCAGCAGUGACAGCAGCAGCGUUGACGUCACUACCCAGCACACACAAGGUGACGCUUGAACUGACUGACGUGAGUGAUGAUAUAGUGAGUCAUGCCUGUGACCUGGUCCAGGAGCUACAACCACCAGGAGGGUACUGGUGGCUAAGGUGUGAGAACAGCCCACUAACAAUGGUGGGCAUCCAAGACAUGACCCUGUCACCUGCAUCAUCACAGUGUAAGGUGAAGAAUAUAGAAAUCUACUCCGAAGUCACCUUCACACUACCCCAGGAGGACCAGCUGGUCACCCUGGCUAAGACAACACUCAACUGUGACUUAACUAAGAAGUCUAUACGUUUUCGUAUCAUGACGUAAGCUGUGCUCUGAUUGGUUGAAGAGAGAGAUGAACAAUCCACUGGAUCGUUGAUGUAAGCUGUGCUCUGAUUGGUUGAAGAGAGAGAUGAACAAUCCACUGGAUCGUUGAUGUAAGCUGUGCUCUGAUUGGUUGAAGAGAGAGAUGAACAAUCCACUGGAUCGUUGAUGUAAGCUGUGCUCUGAUUGGUUGAAGAGAGAGAUGAACAAUCCACUGGAUCGUUGAUGUAAGCUGUGCUCUGAUUGGUUGAAGAGAGAGAUGAACAAUCCACUGGAUCGUUGAUGUAAGCUGUGCUCUGAUUGGUUGAAGAGAGAGAUGAACGAUCCACUGGAUCGUUGAUGUAAGCUGUGCUCUGAUUGGUUGAAGAGAGAGAUGAACGAUCCACUGGAUCGUUGAUGUAAGCUGUGCUCUGAUUGGUUGAAGAGAGAGAUGAACGAUCCACUGGAUCGUUGAUGUAAGCUGUGCUCUGAUUGGUUGAAGAGAGAAAUGAACGAUCCACUGGAUCGUUGAUGUAAGCUGUGCUCUGAUUGGUUGAAGAGAGAAAUGAACGAUCCACUGGAUCGUUGAUGUAAGCUGUGCUCUGAUUGACUGAAGAGAGAGAUGAAUAAUUUACUGUUCCACGAUGAAAGAUGCGCUCUAACUGGUUACAUGAAAACAUAAGAAAGAAGGAACACUGCAGGAGGCCUACUGGUAUAUGCGAUGCAGGUUCAGUUUUCCUACCGCCUUAAGUCAACGCCCUAACUUAGGUAAGAUUAAAUUCACUUAAGGAAGCAGCACGGCAUCUGACCUAGUAGCACAAGCUAGUCAGGUCCAACUCACACCAACCCACACUCACUCAUAUAUUUAUCUAACCCAUUUUUAAAACUACACAACGUCUAAGCUUGUAUGACGGUACUGGGGAGUUUGUUCCACUCAUCCACAACUCUAUUACCAAACCAGUGCUUCCUGAAUCUGAACUUAUCCAACUUUAAACCAUUGCUGCGAGUCCUAUCUUGGCUAGAUAUCUUUAGCUCUCUACUUACAUCCCCUUUAUUUAUUCCUGUUUUCCAUUUAUACACCUCAAUCGUAUCCCCCCUAAUUCUAUGCUUUUCUGGAGAGUACAAAUUCAGGGCUCUCAGUCUAUCCUCAUAAUAAAGAUUUCUGAUAUAUUGGAUCAACUUUGUCAUCCUCCUUUGUUUGUUUUCCAGAGCAUUUAUAUCCAUUCUGUAAUACGGUGACCAAAACUGUGCAGCAUAAUCUAAAUGAGGCCUAACCAAGGAUAUAUAGAGUUGAAGAAGAACCUGAGGACUUCUAUUAUUUAUACUUCUUGAUAUGAAGUCAAGGGUUCUGUUAGCUUUAUUGCAAACACUGCUAACUAGAAUUCUAAAUCCUUUUUGCAAUCAGUAAUAUUAAGAUAUACUUUACUUAAUUUA